ACUGCGAACACCCCACUCGCGGAGGCUGCCUGAAAAGCUGGAAAAUUGAGUGUCUCUCCGGUGUUGUGGAAUUGUGAAGCCCGACCGGCUGAUUCUUCGGCUGGAAACAUGCAGCAGCAACAACAACCUGUACCGACGCCGGCCCGGCCCCGCCGGCCUGCAAAGGAUCCCCCCUCCCCCUUCCAUUCAGCGAGCGUCGGCCACCCUCCCCUCAGCUGACGCCCGGUCGUGCCAACAUUCCUCCGCGACUGCACUGCAAGUCCAAGCUUCGACCACAUCACAAUGACCCGGUAGCCUCCUCGGCAGCGCCAUGAUGUGGCUGCUGACGCUGCUGGCGGCGGUGACGGGGGCGGCGGGUGCGCAGCUGAACCGCGCCCCGCAGUUCUUGUCGGCGGGCAGCAUGAGCCGCUUCUCCUUGCCCGAGGACACCCCCGUCGGCGCGCCCGUGUACCGGCUGCAGGGCACCGACCCGGAGGGCUCGCCGGUCAGGUUCUCCAUCAGCGGGGAGCACUUCACCGUGGACCGCAACACCGGCGUGGUGAGCCUGCGCAAGGCCCUGGACAGGGAGGCGCAGGACCUCCUGGAGGUGGUCAUCAGCAUCACAGACGAGGGCGUGGACGGGUCCGAGCCCAACACGGUGUCGCUGCGCCGGGACAUCUCCGUGCUGGACGUCAACGACAACGCGCCCGUGUUCAGCGGCCGGCCCUACUCCUUCAGCGUGUCCGAGGCGGCCAAGGUGGGCGCCAGGCUGUACGACAAGGUGGUGGUCGGGGACGCCGACGGCGGCCUCAACGCCGACAUCAGCCUGUCGUGCGUGCCCAGCGGGCCCGAAGACAACGCCUGCAAGUACUUCAAGGUGGAGGCGGAGAAGGUGAGCGAGGGCCAGUACCGCGGCAUCGUGACGCUGCAGAGGCCGCUGGACUUCGAGCAGCGGUCCGCGUACACGCUCCAGGUGCGCGCCACGGACGGCGCGUCCGACGCCUCCAAGCGGCUGUCCACCACGGCGCGCAUCGCCGUGCAGGUCACCGACGUCCAGGACCAGGCCCCCGUCUUCCUCAACGCGCCCUACUCGGCCACCGUGCCGGAGGGGACGCCGCCGGGCAAGGUGGUGGCCGUGAUCCGCGCGCGCGACGGCGACUUGGGCGACCCGCGGCCCGUCGUGCUGUCCCUGGAGGACGACGAGCUGGGCUACUUCGCCCUGGAGCCGGACGCGAGCCGCGACCGCACGACCACGGCCAGGCUCGUGACCACCGACGUGCCCAUCGACCGCGAGCACCGCAGCCUCAUGCUGUCGGGCGGCAUCUACACGCUGCGCGUCCGCGCCACCGAGCUCAUCAACAACGAGCUGCCCGCCGAGUGGAGCGUGGCCGACGUCACCAUCGUCGUCACGGACGUGGAUGACCAGCUGCCCGAGUUCAACGAGGACUACUUCCACCUCAACGUGUCCGAGGACAUCGCCGUGGGCAGCACGCUGCCGGGCCUCAACAUGGUGGUGCUCGACGGCGACCUGGGCGACAACGCGCGCUACGCCCUGUCCCUGCGUGACGUCAGCAACUCGGAGGGGCUGUUCAGCGUGCACCCGACCAGCGGCCACGGCAGGACGCCCGUCGUGGUGCGCGUGGUCAGCAAGGACGGCCUGGACUACGACGUGGACGACCCGGCGCUGCGCCGCAUCGAGUUCGACGUGGUGGUGCACGCCAAGGGCGAGACGGGCGACGAGGAAGAGUUCGGCAGCGCGCGCGUGAUCCUGGAUGUGCUGGACGCCAACGACCACUCCCCGGUGUUCGCGCAGGGGGUGUACCGCGGCCGCGUCUCCGAGGCCGCGCCCCCGGGCACCAAGGUGCUCGACGUGGCGGCCUCGGACCGGGACAGCGGCGCCCUGGGCCGCAUCACGUACUCGCUGAAGGGCUUCGGCGCGGAGCGCUUCCGGACGCACCCUGAGCAGGGCGGAGUGUACGUGCGCCAGCCGCUGGACUACGAGGCCGAGCGCUCGUACUCGCUGAGCCUUGAGGCCAGGGACGGCGGGCCCGGCGGCGGCAGGGUCACCACGGUCAACGUGUUCGUGGACGUGCUCGACGAGAACGACAACGCCCCCGUGUUCGAGCACGCCGACUACCACCGCACGGUCCGCGAGGGCGCUACCAGCUUCCAGCCCGCCAUGUUCCUGAGGGCGACGGACGGCGACGGCCCUCUGCAGGGCGGCGGCCGCGUCUCGUACUCCGUGACGUCCUCGAACGCGGACGGCGUGCUCGUGGUGGAGCCCACGACCGGCGAGGUGCGCAUGACGGUCGCCGUGAGCGCCGCGCACACGCCGCGCGGCCAGUACGAGCUGACGGUGCGCGCCACGGACUUCGGCCACCCCAAGCAGCAGCACAGCGACGCCACGGUGACGGUGCGCGUCGGCGUGCCGGGCAACCAGCGGCCCGUGUUUCGCGGCAGCAGCAACGCCACGCAGUACGACGCCGUGGUCAGCGAGGACGCCCCGGCCAACGCCGAGGUGCUCCGGGUCACCGCCACGGACCCCGACGGUCAGGACUCUCUCAUCACGUACUCCAUCGCGGCGGGGAGCGGUGCCAAAGACAACUUCAACAUCGACAGCAGGGCCGGCAUCAUCACGGUGGCCCCCGAGGCGCGCCUGGACCCGGAAGAGACGGGCGUCUGGCGCUACUCCCUGGUCGUGCUGGCCGUGGACAGCGGGCUGCCCGUGCGGGAGACGGCCUCGGCCACCGUGCUUGUCAACGUCAAGGACGUCAACAACAAGCCGCCCGUGUUCGACGCGGCGGAUGGCCUGACGCGACACGUCUCGGAGCGCGCCCAGCCUGGCCAGGCCGUGCUCACUGUGCACGCGGAGGAUCCCGACAAGGACGCCCGCCUGGAGUACAGCAUCGUGGAGCCGAUCCACGCCGUGGACCGCACGGGCGUCCCGCUCGCGCCCGGCGCCGCCUACGACUACAAGCAGGCCUUCAAGAUCGACCCCGCCACCGGGGAGGUAUCCGUCAACGGCCCCCUGGACCACCAGUCCGCCGCCAUCUUCACGCUCACGGUGCAGGCACGCGACUUGAACGCGCGAAUGGAUCUGAAGAACGCCAAGCCGCAGGUCUCCCGCGUUGAGGUCACCAUCUACGUGGAGGAGUACAGCGACGGCAACCCGCUGUUCACGGCGCCUGGAUGGACGCCGGGCAACCCCGUCAUCAAGGUGUCCGUGCCCGAAGAGCAGCCUCGGGGCUCCGUCAUCGCCAUGCUGGCCGCGCAGGACCCGACCGACGGAGGCCGGGCGAUCCGCCGCUUCCAGAUCUCCGCCGAGGACGACGGCUCCGUGCCGACCUGGGCCAGCGUCACCGCCAGCGGCAACGUGGUGCUGCAGCGCCGCCUGGAUUUCGAGGCGCUGGAGUCCCACAAGGACGCCGACGGCAACCCCGCCGUGGCGCUCAGCAUUGAGGCCGUCAGCGAGGACCAGCGGCGCACCAGCACGGCCACCAUCCACGUCACCGUCCAGGACAUCAACGACCACACGCCCCAGUUCGCGGAGAACUCGUACCACACGAGCGUACUCGAGUCGACGCGCUACCCGGCGCACAUCCUCUCCGUGUCCGCCACCGACGGCGACGCCGCCAACUCCGAGCGCGGCUUCGGCGACGUGCGAUACUCGCUGUCCGGGGAGAACGCCCGCUCGUUCCUCGUGGACCCGCUGUCCGGCAGCAUCCAGGUGGCGCCCGACGCGGUCCUGGACCGCGAGCGCCAGUCGCAGAUGAAGCUGUUCGUGGUGGCGGCCGACACCCCCGGCGGCGGCGCGGGCCAGCGGCGCAGCCAGGUGCCCGUCACCGUCGACAUCCUGGACGUCAACGACAACGCGCCGCAGUUCAGCAAGCGCGCCUACUCCACCGUCAUCCCGGAGAACAUGCCCGUGGGCAGCGGCGUGCUGACCGUGGCCGCCACCGACCCCGACGAGGGCGCCGGCGCGGAAAUCACCUACGAGCUGGUGGACCAGGGCGAGGCCAACGGACUCUUCUCCAUCGACGGCGCCACGGGUCAGUUGCGCAUCGCGACCCCGUUGACGGGCAAGGGGCGGCGGCAGCCGUACGCGCUGACGGUGCGCGCGCAGGACGCCGGCAACCCGGCCCUGUCCUCCGACGCCGCCGUCAGCGUCCACAUCGGCGACGUGGUCAGCAACGACGGCGUGCCCAGCUUCGUGCACCCCGCCCUGGAUGAAGUGGCCUACGUCUCCGAGAACGCCUCGAUCGGCUCCCCCGUGUUCCGCGUCGUCGCCGCGGACCCUGACGACCCCAAGACCCCGGAGGGCAUGCUGGUGUACAGGUUCCUGGAGGACGGCAAGACGGGCAGCGACGCGUCCGUGUUCAGCAUCAACCCCUCGUCCGGACUCAUCACGACGCGCACGCCCCUGGACCGCGAGCAGAAGGCGCAGUACUCGCUGCUGCUGGUGGCGGCGGACAAGGGCGACGUGCCGCAGCAGGCCACGCGCCUCCUCACCGUGCACGUCACCGACGUCGACGACCACAAGCCCAUCUUCAAGCGCUCCGUGGACGAGAGCCCCCUGGUGAUGACGGUGCUCGAGGAGCAGCCCGUCGGUGCCGUGGUGGGCAACCUGACCGCCGUGGACGAGGACAUCGACGAGAACGCGCUCAUCGACUACCUCAUCACUUACGGCAACGAGCACGACCUCUUCUCGGUGAGCCGCACGCCGCAGAACGGCGCCGUCAUCCACGUGGCGCGGCGCCUGGACCGCGAGCAGGCCGCCGAGCACCUCAUCACCGUCAAGUGCUUCAAGAAGAGUGCGCGGCCGCAGAGUCUGCGCAAGCCGUACAACCGCCAGGACCCGUCGGAGCGGCAGGUCCGCGUCGUGGUGCGAGACAUCGACGACAACGCGCCGGCCUUCCCCGCGUCCAGGGCCAACCUGACGCUGGGCGUGCGCCUCAACGUGCCCGUCGACACCUCCCUCGUGACGCUGGAGGCCGAGGACGCGGACGCCGACUCGGCGCCCAUGCGCUACUGGCUGUCCGCCACCGCCUUCCAGCCCCUGCUGGACAGCCGCAGCGCCUUCAGCCACACCCCCGAGCAGGUCAAGAGCGUGUUCAGGCUGGACGAGAGCAGCGGCGAGCUGCGCACGGCGCAGGGCAUGCAGCAGUUCGUGGACGGCUACUUCACGCUGCAGGUGGCGGCCAGCAACACGCCGGACGGCAACGGCACCGCCAGCACCGCCAGGAGGGCCAACGCCACGGUCAAGGUGUUCGUCGUCCGCGACCGCGCCCUGCUCAAGUUCGUCUUCACCAAGCCGCCGUCCGACGUGCGCCGCUCGCUGCCCGAAUUCCAGCGCCUGGUCGAGAAGGCCCUGCUGCUGCCCGUGCAGCUCAACGUGUACGACACGCAGUUCUACGCCAAGCAGGACGGCAGCCUCGACUUCAGCAGCACGAGCUCCUGCUUCCAGCUUGUUGGCCGGGAAAACUAUGAUCUCUCUGAUAUGGAGUCCCUCCUGAUGGACAAAAACAACGACGAGCUCAACGCGGUGUACGACCGUUUCCACGUGCGAGCUGUCCAGCGCUGCGCCCCAGCCCUGGCCAAGGCCGAAGCGACGUGGAUCCAGCUUUGGGUCCUGGCAAUCGCCUGUUUCAUUGGGAUAGCGACUCUCAUUGCAAGUUGUGUUGUAUGCUGCUCGUACAACAGAUGGGAGCGGUUAAGGUGACAUCAGAAUGAUUUUCACGUCAAAUAAGACUCAAUCAGUGUGAAAUUCAACGAUGUUGUGACUGAUCAACCAAAACUAAAAGAAAGGUGUUGUAUUUUGUAAAAGUUUGUGUGUAUAUGUAUGUAUAUUUAAUGUAAUUGUAUCUAAGUGUAUUUGUUAAGACAGUGCUGAUAUGAUUAGUGCCUAAAUGAUUGAUUCAUCAUUGUUAUAACUGCUUGAGUGCAACUGUGAUGUGAUAUGUAAUUGGCGGUCAAUAAUGAACCAUUGAAACCAGUUA